UGACGUAUGUUGUUCUUUACUUGGCCACCCACACGUCGAAUUUAGUUUUGAUAAGAAAUUAUUUGUUUUACUAAUUCCUAGCACGUUCUCCUACCAUAUUCAGUGUCUCUGGUUAUGUGGCGGUCUUCGCAGUAUGUGUGUAACCUACAUUUCUUCGUGCCAGUUGUUUUGUGAAGUUGCAUUGGACUGUUUUGUAUCGUGGACGGGCGUGAACGCGCGGAACAGUUACAUGUUUUGUAAUUAAUGCGUCCGCCCACCAGUCUCUGUGGUCGUGCUAUCGGCGUUCGUGGGUGUGCGUGAUGUUACAGGCCAGAAGGUAGUAGGUGAUUCGGGUACUGUGAUCGCAAUGUCUUUGCAAAAGAGUGUGAAAAGUGUUGGAGGUGAUCGGUCGGAGCAGGCUGACACUACGUCAAUAUGCUCCUCAGUGACUACACAGCCAGACAGGCAUGGAUUCUUCGGAGGUGCUCAAUACAGUCCAGAACCAAAAAGGACUGUAUCGCCGAGUACGAUACUAAAGCGGGAACAGAAGUGGCUGCGUAUGCUCAACAACUGGGAGGCGUUUAUGAGCAAAAACUACAAGAAAGUCCGCGAGAGGUGUAGGAAAGGUAUUCCAGCAUCAGUCCGGCCAAAAGCGUGGCUCUACCUAUGCGGUGGCCAGCUACUUCUGGAGAAGCACCCGAACGAAUACGAGGAGCUGCUGCAGGCGCCUGGGGACCCCAAGUGCAUGGACGACAUCAGGAAGGACCUGCACAGACAGUUCCCAUACCACGAGAUGUUCAUCAGGGAAGAGGGAGUUGGUCAGCAAGAGCUGUUCUCAGUGCUGAAAGCGUAUUCGGUGCUGAACCCGAAGGUGGGAUACUUCCAGGCGCAGGCGCCGGUGGCGGCCUUCCUGCUGAUGCACAUGCCGGCUGUGCAGGCCUUCUGGUGCCUCGUCAGCAUCAGCGAUAAGUACCUGAGCGGGUACUAUAACCCGGGGCUCGAGGUGCUCCAACGCGACGGUGACAUCCUCCACGCGUUGCUCCGGCGCACAGCGCCAGCGGUUCACCGGCACCUGACCAAGCACAAAGUGGAGCCGGUGCUGUACGCGACCGAGUGGUUUCUGUGCGCGCUCACCAGGACGCUGCCCUGGGACAGCCUGCUGAGGGUCUGGGACUGCUUCCUUUGUGAGGGAGUCAAGGUGCUGUUCAAAGCCGCGCUAGUGAUCCUGGCUGGUGCGUUAGGCCCGGCCAAAGUCCGCAAGCGAGCCCACGGCCUCUGCGAGAGCCUCGAGGUGCUUCGCCACCCGCCCGAGGCAGUCCUGGCUGAAGAAUACCUGAUGUACCACAUGCAGCGCCUCAACCUCACUGAAGAAGACUUCGAGUUUGAGCACCAGCGCCAGACCGCGCGCCGCAGAGCCCUACCCAGUAGAAGUGGCAGCUGAUUCAGCGACUGCUCGUACAAGCGUUAUUCGAAGAAUAACGCCAGAGACAUAUUCCACACUCUCUGAGUACGUGCAAAAAUGACUGCCGAGCUAUUGUGUACCUUAAGUGCUUUGUGAUACGGAUGUGCGGACGACGUGCGGACCAGACCAAACGAUACGACUGACAAAGUUUAGUGUUAGAAGUAAACGCGAAUUUCUUCUACGACGAGACUCAAAAUUCAACCUUAAUGACAUACAGUCAGCGUCAGAUAGUUCGAGACGCCCAAAGUGGCCAAAAAGAUAACACAACAUUAUUCCAAUUGUAACAAAGACGUGUUGCGAACUU